AUGGCGCCCCAUCACCUCCGUACUUCAUCCUCAACAAAGGACUUGAUCUCAAAGUCCAAGUCCAGCAUCUUUGGCUUCAGCCGUAAUCGUGACUCGAAGCAGUCGUUCCGCGACUCGACUCUCCUUACCGAGCUCACGCCACUCGACGAGCCCAUCUACGUGCCCCACGGCAUGGUUGAUCUCAACGGCAAGACCGCUCGCCCCAUGGUGCGCAGCUACUCGACCGGCCACGCUCAUUCGUCGCCCAUGUCGUCAUAUUCGAUGACCCAGGCUGCUCCUGGUACUCUUGGACAGGGUGCCACCGUCGUCCGCACUCCACAGGAUGCUACCUUGACCAGCAUGGCCCAGCCAGACUCAAUCCUUCCAGGCGGACCCCAGCCUCCUCAUCGACAGUCGUCGCUGCGUGCACCGGGCCAGCGUCGCCCCUCUGCCCCGCCAGCACCGUCCCACUACCACAUGCAGUCGCUUUCGGGUGCUCCUCAGCACAGUGGGUCGGCACCACGCUACUCACCUGCCUCCGCACCGCUCUCGACGCCUAUGGAGUCUACCCUCGAGUCUAGCCUCGAUUCGCUCGAGCUUUUGGACAACUCGCGCCCGCCAUCGACGCGCCAGCUCGGUCGUCAAAGGUCCCUCGCGAACAAGCCCAGCUACAGCAGUCUUGCGAGCCAGGGCAGCGUUGGCCGCAGUCGUGCAGGCAGCAUUACCGCCAGUGUCAGCCCGGGCGUGGUCACGGCCGGUGUGCCGCGUUCGCCGCCCCGCGUCUCUCCUAUUAUGCAGUCGUCGCCAGUCCUCCAGCAGGCCCCCGUGAUCGACGUUGAUGCGGCCUACUUCCAGCGCCGCAUGGCUGCUCGCGGCUCAAUGUCGACCCUCACGCCCAGUUCGCACUCGAGCAUGUGCGGUACAGUGCCCAGCUUGCAUUCGAGCACGCCGAGCAUGUCGAGCACCGCGUCGGCCGUGAUCAUGACUCCUUUGGGCCCCGGUCCGGCUGGUCUGGGCUCUGCGCCCUCAUCCUCGUCUCAUGGCAGCGAGUACUACGAGCCCCCUCAGAGUGACCGCAACUCUGGUCACGAGUCGCCUCCACCCGCUCGUACCAGUCCUACUCUUGGCGGCCGCUCUCACGCUCGCAGCAGCCCAGGUAUCCGUCCCAAGCACUUGCCUUCGCCAUCAAUGUCAUCGCUGGCGGCCGUCGCUGCCCCUGCUCCUGCGGCUCCCAAGCGCGACGCCCCCUUUGCGCCAGUCUUGGUCGCGCACACAUGUCGCCCAGCAACCGGCCCUCUUUCCUCUGUGCUCGUCACCCUCCGCUUUGGUUACUCUCUCGACGCAGAGCCCAACACACACGAGGUGACCGUCACCUAUGAUACCCUGCGCCCCGCGGGUGGUCGUCUAGUCGCCUUCCUCGACAGUGCGCUGCGCCCGUCGUCGCUCGACAGCACCGCCAGCUCGACCAACACGUCGGGUGAAGGUCCCGAAAUGACAGACGGCAGCAGCGCAGAGGACAGCGAUUUCGAGUUUGACGCCGACGCGCGUCUGCAACCUAUGCUUGAGGACGAAGAGUACCUUGCCGCCUCUGCCACCUCAGAUACACCAGCCUCGUUGCCAAAGGACGACAGCAUGCAUGCUCCGCCUCCAUCCACUCGCCGCCCCCGACUGCCGCCAAGCGUGUUCCACGAGGGCGUGUUCGCAUCGUCGGCUGGCGGCCUCCCUCCUCUGUCAGAGCUCCCAGCAGCUCUUGCCCAGGCUCGCGCGCACGCCGCCGGCCCCACUUCCUGCCCCCCACCAACCGCUACGGCGCCGCUCUCGCUCGCCGUCCGUGCCCGCUCCAACACGUGCCCCGGACCAGCACGCAGCACCAUCACGGAGGUCACCGUCCUCCUCCUGCGCGACGCCGGCGCGUGGCACACCAUCGCCUCGCGUCUGUGCUCGGGCACCUGGCCCGAACUCGCCGGCAAGCGCAGGCGCAUCGAGGAAGAGUGUCGCUGGGCAGGCAUGGAGCCCCUCCUCGCCGAGCUCCGCCUCAUGCCUGCCCCGGCCAACCGCGGCGGCUUCCUCUAG